AUGGAAGGUGACUGGAUUGAGUACUAUUGUCGCGAAGGACAGUAUACGCGGGUGGUGGAAGUGGCUCGAAAGUGUGGGGGGGAUGUGAAGUGGAAGUACUAUGAAGGUUUGGGGUUAGUGUUGGGGGGUAAGUUAACGGAAGGGAUCAGCUGCCUUGAGCCGUUGUUGACUCACGGAGAGUAUGGACUGGCAGCUGCACAUCUCAGCCUCAUCGCUCAUCAGUCCUGUCAGACAGUGGACCGAGAUGCCAUCGCACAGUUGGAGUGGAAGGUGGAGGAUGUGGACAGUGUCGGGGAGCGGGGGCUACAGCUAGCAUCGUCCGCCCUGCUACACUCAGGACGACACGGUGAGGCGCGCAAGUACGUGGAGCGGCUGUUGCGGCUCAGCCCCAGCUCGGGCGCAGCGAUGGUGGUCAGUGGGUGGCUUGAGAUGGCCGACGGGAACACCAGAGCCGCUGCUAGACUCUUCAAGACUGCCCUCGGCCAGGACAAGAGCAAUGUAGACGCUAUACUGGGUGAGUUGGCAUCCCUGAGCCCAGCUGAUGGUCUGCAACUAGCCAACCAGCUGAUAGUCCGCUAUCCGCGCAGUACUCCGCCGCUGGCUGAGAAGAUGAGGCUCCUGUUGGCCAUGAAGGACUGGACACAGGCUCUGGACACUGCCUCCAGGCUGCUCACUCUGGAGCCGGACAACUUGGCAGCGCUAGAGGUGAGGGCUGUACACCAGCUGGCAGUGGCCGGAGACUACGCAGAAGCUGCAGUGGCAGUGAGGAGACACACGGCUGCGGCCGAGGCCCAGGGAGCAGACUUGUUGUGGCCGGCACAGCUUUACUCUCGACUGUGUGGCCGUAACACGACGAUACUCACCGAGACAAUCAGACUUGCCACACAGGCGACACAGUUGAAGCCUCACGACACAAGGAGUCUGCUCGAGUUAGCCACACAACACAGACUGGCCGGUCGACUGGCUGAGGCAAACAAGGCGUACCGGACGGUCACAAGGCUGGACGGCACCUGUACCGCGGCACUGUGUGGUCUCACCUUGGUACAGCUGGCACAGACUGGCCUCACUCAGCAGGUGACACAGCAGGUGGAGUUCCUGGUGGAGGUGAUGGGCACGCAGCCUAGCCCCGAGUUGUUGAUGUUACGCUGUCAGUGUGAGCGAGACUGGGGACUGCUGGACAGGGCAGUGACACUGCUGACCGCUGCUGCCUCACACCUCGCCUACGGUAGCAAGUAUCUGGCCUGUCUCAAUCCUGACCUGCUCAUGGAGAUAGCUGACCUCUACCCUGACACUGUGGAGGGAUUGGCCCGGCGAGUGGUGGUGCUGCGGCAGGUGGUGGACCAGUGUGGAGGCUUGGCGGGGGCGGUGUUGGGACUGGCUCGGGCACUGACCGCCAGCGGGGACUUGGGAGCCGCCACUCAGCUGCUAGCCAGAGUCGACCCGACCAACACGGACGCUCACCUCGUUCUGGCUCAGAUACAUCUAGCUCAGGACAAGUACGAGGAGGCCAACGCCAGCCUAGAGUUGGGUCUCAGCUACAACUUGCAGGUUCGGGAACGUCCUCUGUAUCACGUGUUGCUGGGGGCCAUCCAGCGGCACCAUGGUGACACCCAAGCCUGCGCCCAGUCCAUGCGGACCGCUCUCUCACUCAACAAAGGUGAACAGCCCUUGACCGUAAGUGAACUGGGAACCCUGUAUCUGGAACUGGUGGCGAGCUUGACCGCAGGUGGGAACACGAAGGAAGCGGCUCAAGCACUUGCCGAGGGGACCACGGCAUUGGAGGGCACAGAGCAGGAGAGUCGGCUGACAGUGGCGAGGGGAGAGUUGGCAGCAGUGAGUGGGGACUACACGGCUGCGUUGACUCUGCUGGCCACCGUGCAGCCAGGGGAACCUUACUUCCUGCAGGCUCGCAAAAAGAUGGCUGAGAUUCAUCUGCACAAGUUGAAGGAUGAGCGGGCGUUUGCCGAGUGCUACAAGCAACUGGUGACCAGCAAGCCUUCCACGGAGAACCUGCUGCUGCUGGGAGAUGCUUACAUGGCCAUCCAGGAGCCAGAGUUAGCCGUGGAGACUUACGAGAGAGCCAUGAAGAGUUCAUCCUCAGAUCCCAAACUGUCGGCCAGGCUCGGGCGGGUCCUGGUGAAAUGCCAUCAGUACGGCAAGGCCAUCAAGUGCCUCAGGGAUGCUGGUGCAGAAGGAAGCCUGGAACUGGCUCAGCUGUUGGUGAGGUUGGGACAGUUGGAAGCUGCGGAGAAUGCCCUCACUGAGGUUCCAUUGUCUGACAAGGCUUUUAUACUGGCCAAGGUGAGAGAGAAGUCUGGUGACAUCCAGGGAGCGAUGAUGGUCCUGAGGGAGGCCAGGGAAGGUCUGGGUCCUGCAGAGGUGGGGCUGAAUGCCAGGAUGUGUGCACAGUUGGCAGAAUACGCCAGCACACUGCGUGAACACGAUUCGGCCAUUGGCUUCUACAAGCGAGCACUGCAGUACCAACCCGGAGACGCACACAUGGAGAUAGCUCUGGCCAAGCUGUACAUGCAGGUGAACGAUUGGAGCUCCUGCCAAAAUGUUUGCUCCACGCUGCUGUCGCGUGACCCCGACAACGAGCCUGCCCUGCUCAUGUUGGCAGACCUGGCGUACCGCCGGGUGGACCUGCCCGCUGCUGCAACCCACUUUUCCACCCUGCUGGCCCGCCACCCCACCUACUGGGUGGCCCUGGCUCGCCUGGUGGAGGUCUACCGGCGGACUGCACAGUUAUCGCAGGCACAACCGUUCCUGCAGGCUGCGGCCGCGCUCGCUCCCGGACAUCCUGGACUCUCCUACUGCACCGGGCUUUACGAGUGGUAUGCGGGGAAUGUAAACGCCGCUCUCCAUCACUUCAACAGUGCCCGUGGGGACUCGGAGUGGGGACAGCAAGCCUUGCACAACAUGGUGGAACUGUGUCUGGCAGGGGACUCCGGGGACGGGGCCUCUGUGUCCACGGGGACCAGGCUGCUGUCCCAGAUGUCUCCUCACACAGCGGAUGAAGAGAGCAAUGUCCGGCUACUCCAGAACUUUGUGCUGCUGGCCUCCAAAGACAAGCAGGAUGUAGACUUGGCCAUCUCGGACUUGACCACUCUGGCCAGCCAGGAGAACCUCAGGGUGGGAGCGACGCUGGGGCUCGCCAACGGAUAUGUCCAACAGAAGCAGACGGCGCGGGCGCGCAACCUGCUGAAGCGUGUGGCCAGCGCGGCGUGGCUGGUGGAGGAGGCAGAGCACCUGGAGCGCUGCUGGCUUCUGUUGGCAGACCUGCACAUUCAGGCCGGGCGACACGACGCGGCCACUGAGCUGCUGCGUCGCGCAUUACAGCACAACCAGAGCUGCCACCGUGCGUAUCAGUUGCUGGGCCUCAUCGCGGAGAAAGAUCAGAAAUAUUUGGAGGCCAGCGUGCAGUACCGCCAUGCGUGGAAGCUGAGCGGGGAAAAUGACCCAGCGUUGGGGUUCAAACUGGCCUUCAACCAGGUGAAGGCCAAACGGUACGCUGACGCCAUCGGCACGUGCCAGGCGGUGCUGAAGCUGAACCCAGACUACCCUCGGAUCCGCAAGGAGAUCCUAGACAAGGCUGUGAGCCACUUGCGCACUUAGUCACUCGCCGCAACUCGAAGGUCUGACCUGUAGGUUGAGGAACACCCCUGCGUGCAGCAACGGACACGUGAUCUUGGUGCAAUUGACCAGCGAGAGUCUGCGCAAGGUCAGCGUGUGAUCGUAACAGACCUGAUCCAGCAGAGACAAGGCCUCACGAUGGUCCAACAUGAGGUCUAUCAACUCCAGAUGGCGCAGGGACUCCAGAUUACCCAUCAGCCUCUUCAGUGCCUCCAACAACUUCCCUGCGAGUCGAUAUUUUGUAAAAAUUCUGUGGAAGAAUGUCUUUAAAAACGGUUUGUGACUAAAUUUAAAAUCUUUGUGUAAAUUUACAACAAAGACUUUAAAAAAUUACUUGUUCAAACUGACGCCCCGAAUAUCAUAAACCAAAGCCCCUAAGUUAAAAAUUAAAGUUUGUAAAAAAUGUGUCUUAAGUUGCAUACAUACUUGGAAACAGUAAAUAUAAAUACUUAUGAGAGAAAUAUGUUUCUUAUUAUCAGGUGAUACAUUCUAAAAAGUGUGCCUUUUUGUAGUAAAUUAGUUAUAUGAAAUUUAUGUUACCUUUCCUAAUUAAGAGUAUAAAAAAUUUGAGCACUACUUUAUUAGUUUUGUACAUUUUCUACAUAGGUUGAUUUUUCAAAUAUGCCUAUUAUUUAUGAGUUACAGGAGAAUUGUAAGUCAGAGUUUUAUGUGCCUCAUAGUGUUUCCUGGUUGUAUAAGUUAGAAGUUAGACUGAUUAUUUGAUUCGUUUAAGCGAUGUAGGAUUUGUCACCAAAUUGUAGAAAAGUAUGUCUUUAUAAAUUUUUCAGUCACUGACUGCACAAGACUGAGUUCAUUGUUUUUUGAAAAGGAUAUUGGAAUUGUGAAUCAUUUGUUGUAGCUAGCUAUAUUAAUGUUUUUGUUACAUAGUGGAUUGUAUUAGCACAGGCAUUUAAUAUUGUGUUAGCUUUGCGCUAGACUAUAUAAUGUUUAAUAUUUUGCACAUUUAUAUUGUUACUUUAUUAAACACAUCACAAAGACUGUU